CGCAAUGGCGUGACGACAACCACUUAUCCGAAAGAAUUUCCCACCCGCUCCAUUCCAUUUGGUCGUCGGUCCCGGCUCCGGACCAAACCGAUCUCCCCUCUUCUCUCUCUCUCUCUUCCCCCUCUUCUUGCGGAGCUUUCCGGUGGCGAUUUCGGCAGGUAGGCGAGGCGUGUUCAACAAUCUCAGAGGUCCUUUUUCCGGUUCAUUUGCGAGAAUUUCCGGUGAUGUCGCCGAAUUAGGGUAUCGAUUCCGUGUCUUUCUUGAUCUAAGAUGCCGUCAAUUGGUUGGGGCUUUGUUAAUAAGGACAUCAAAACUCAUACACUUCUGUUCAUCUGAGGGAUUCUCAACAUGAAGUUUUUAGAAUACACUCCCUUAGACAGUAUAAAUCUUUUCCUGAAUCACUUGAAUCUUGGAGAAAGUACUAUCAAGGGAAAUCUUGAAGCAUUCUCAUGUAAACAUACAGGGAGUGAUCGAAAGCUCUCUCUUAGCUUAGAGCAUGAGAUUCUUGACUUCCUUGAGCAAUCAUCUGAUAGCGACACUUCAUCCCCUGUUGAAUUCUUGUCUAGUAGAUCAAGUCGGAAAACAUUGAUAUAUCUGGUUCUUACGCUCAGUCAUAUGUAUCCAGACUAUGAUUUCAGUGCAGUGCGAGCCCAUCUGUUUUUCAGAGAAGAAGAGUGGGAGAACUUCAGGCAGAUAUAUGACACCUACUUGUUUGAAGCUGCUAGGGAAUGGGCUAUAGUUCAUGGAGGUAGUUCUCUUCUGGAAAACAUGACCAAUGCAAUAGACGAGGUUGUAAAACUAAAUGAGUGUGAGAUCUACAGCUACAACCCAGACUUUGAUGGGGACCCUUUUCUGGAGAAGGGAGCCAUAUGGUCAUUCAAUUUCUUUUUCUAUAAUAGGAAGCUGAAGUGCGUUGUCAGCUUUCAGUGUUGUUGCAUAAGCAAUCUGGCAGUAGAUGGCUUUCUUGCUGAUGAGAUGUACAAUGAGGAAGAGGAUGAUCUGCUCAUGGACAUGGAUAUGUGACUUGUUGCAUGUGAUGUACAUAAUCACCAACCCUGGGAACGUCCUCUGCUGUAUCAGAAAUCUUAGGUGCACUAUCGAUGACUCAGUGAGUCAAGUAUGAUGUGUUUGUACUGGUGGUCCGUGUAUUAGCAAGAUCUUCUAACUUGCUCGUCAUUGUAAUUACCUGUAUCAGUUGUAGGUGUAAGUACUGAAUCGGUGCAGUUACAUUUAGAACUCCAGACUUGUUUUCCUCUGUAUUUAAAUUUGUGGCAAACCAGAAGUUGAGACUAGCAAGUGGAACCAAUGUUUGAAAGUGAAAGCAAUUUCCGUUUUCUGGGUUAGAUGAAAUUAUGCUGCCGAUCAAAUAGUCAGAUUUUAGAGCGACUUGUUUAGCAUAUCAAAUUUCUGAUGCUUAUUGAACUUGAUCAUGACAUUCAGAAUUCUUGAUGAAAAGCUGAGGAUAAGAGGCUCGAAUGUCACGCUUCAAGUUGAUUUAUGAGGAAGGAGGGUUGCUUGCAAAGAUAUGCUUAUGCCAUUAAUAUGGUCCAUGUUCUUUAUUACUGCUUAAUUUGGCUAUUAUUGUGCUACUUAAAGGAAUCGAAUCAUCUCCAGCAAGUGAAGCCUGGAUGUUCAAUUGCCAAACGAUUCUUCUAGUAACCCAACCAAAAUAUUUUUAAUGGUUAAUAUACUUGAUGAACUCUAAAUGUA